AUGGGAAAGCCGAAGGGACUCCAUACGGCUCGCAAGCUGCGUAAGCAUCGUCAGGACCAGAGAUGGUGCGACAAGGCUUACAAGAAAGCUCACCUUGGAACCCGGUGGAAGUCGAAUCCUUUCGGAGGAGCUUCUCACGCCAAGGGAAUUGUUUUGGAAAAGAUGUAAGUUUUUAUUUCUAAUUUUUUUCAUCUUUCAAAAAUUUUUUUGAAUAAGUUUUUUUGUCGUAUUUUUGGUUUUUCAUUCCGUUUUUCUUGCCAAUGAAAUGUUUAGCGUCAUAUAUACAUCUCCAUUAUUGCGUGUCCAUCGGAGAACCUGAACGUGCUUCAAAACAAAAAAUUGUGUUCAUCGGCGCGCCGAAGUUGCUCCAGAACAGUACCAAUUUUUGUUUUGGAGCAAUUUUCGUUUAGUCCGAUAAACACGCCACUAAAUUUUAAUGUAACGGACUAGGGGACAGAUAAUUUUGUUUCCAAAACUGACGCAUCACUAGUUUGCCAAUGGCUUAAUUAUUUUUUUUUUCGAGGUGCAUGAGCACGUUCUUUUUUGCGCAGAGCUGUGAAUCUUCAUUUCUUUUUUUUGUCUAGAACUGAAAUUUACGGACUAGUUCAAGGAAAAUAAGACAUUUUUCAGUGGUGUCGAAGCCAAGCAGCCGAACUCUGCUAUUCGCAAGUGCGUUCGUGUCCAGCUUAUCAAGAACGGAAAGAAGAUCACCGCCUUCGUCCCCAAUGACGGUUGCUUGAACUUCGUUGAGGUUAUAUUUUUUGCUGAAAAUUCAAAAUUGAAUUUAGUUUUAAACGAAUGAUGAAUCUAGGAGAGGUCAAUAAACGAAGCUUCAAAUUCAGGAAAACGAUGAAGUGCUCGUGUCUGGCUUCGGUCGAUCUGGUCACGCCGUCGGAGAUAUUCCCGGUGUUCGUUUCAAGAUCGUCAAGGUUGCCAACACUUCCCUCAUCGCCCUCUUCAAGGGCAAGAAGGAGAGACCACGUUCGUAA